UAUGCACUUGAAAUUUGAGUCGAUGUGACGGAGAGCUUGGUUCACACAACGUUGACACAUCUUUAAUACUCCACUGAAUAUCGAUUCUCGCUUUGGGAAGCAGAUUAUUCCAACGCGAGUUAGUCGCCGUUAGUUAUCUCGAAAUCAUCUCGAACAUACUGCCUCGAGUCGAGUGCAUGACCGUGUCGUCAGUAGCACGAUAGAGACACAACACGUAACAUACGUGUACGUACAAUAGCAAUCCUUUAAUCUUGAAUAUUAACGGUGAUUUUGUGACACGAUGCCGGCAGUUGGAAACUCUGCGUUACGAAAACUCAAUACCGGAAUCUUGUCCGCGUGCGUGAUCGGUCUUGGAUUAUCGUAUUAUGCAUAUGUCGUGGAAACCAACAAAGAACAAGAUGAUUCGUACGAGGCGUUGUGUGACAUUUCGGAGCAUAUUAGUUGCACUAAAGUAUUCAUGUCCGAAUAUGGCAAAGGAUUCGGGCUGAUUCCAAAAAAUUCCAUAUUUAACAUUCCAAAUUCGUUAUAUGGUUUAGCAUUUUAUACUCAGGUUGCAAUUUUAAGUAUGAUUAAUAAUUACACAUGUUCUGCUGCCGUUGUUGUUCUGGGAAUACUUUCAAACAUUGGCUCGAUAUAUUUAGCUCAUAUAUUAUACAUAUUUAAUGACAUUUGCGUAGUGUGCAUUAGCACUUAUAUUGUAAACGCAGCGAUUACGUAUUUCAGCAUUAAGAAAUUCCGAAAAUUGUCCAUCAAUGAUGCGCGCAAAAAGAAGAUAAAAUAACUUUUUUUCAUUUAAUUGCAACUUUUGCGGUUGUGAUAGAGAAGCUAUUAUAACUUUUUUUACUAGACUGUUAUUUUUUUAUUUAUAAAAUUAUAUCAAUGUAGAUAUAAGUAUUAAAAAUUUUACAGAUAGAUAAAUGUAGUCUCAGACACAUCACUUAUACCACGAUGAGUGAGGUCAAGGCGUUUCUUCAUGUUAUAUAAUGCAAACGGUUCUUAAUGUACAACUAAUUUUUAUACUGUAAUUUACAUAACCAGUUAUAUAUCUGUUUGUUUUUACCCAACAAGAAUGUUUUUAAAAUCAAAGACGCA